AUGACGACGGCACCGCAAAAUCCCAUAACUAGAGCCAUCUGGGAUGGCACAUUGCCAAUAAAGUUUUCACUCGAUGCAACAGAAGCUGCUGCGUUAGGCGCAAAAACUAUUAUAGAGCCUUAUUUUGUAUUUCGUGGUAGUAGAGGAGGUGCUGGUGGUGUCUACUUGUCAAUGAAUUUGCAUUUGAUUAACAGAUUACAAAUGUGUACAUACGAAGAUCAGAUAAGAAAAUAUUUUGUUGAUAUGGCACUUAAUUUUAUUGGUGAUGAUGCAGAGAUAUGGUAUGAUGUAGAUGGGACUCCAUUAAAGUGGCAUUACCCAAUUGGAUUAUUAUUCGAUUUGCAUACCGGAUAUCGACCAGACUCAAAUAGCCCGCCGCCAUUACCGUGGCCUGUAACAGUACAUUUUAAAAAUUUUCCAGCAGACAAAUUAAUUCGAGCACAAGAAAUAGAUGCAACACAGGAUUUUUUUAUGUCCAUGAUUAAAGAGGCUGAUUUUUUGAGAAACGGAAGCACAAAAAAAGUGAUGAAUUUAUCAAAAAAUGAUCAAACACAAUUAUGGGAUGGGUUAUGGUCUAUAUUCAUUGUUCUGUUUACAAGUUUCGUAUGCAUAUUACAUAAAUGCCUUAACAAUUUAAUUAAUUGCAACCAAAUAUACCGUACGGAAAACUAUGAGCGAUUCUGGAGUGUAAAUUAUCGAUUAGUUAUUAACGAUGGACAAAUGCCACGGCAUAUUCCAUUGCGAAUUUAUUUACCGGAAAAUUGUCCGGUAAUACAAGAACCGGUCACGCCGGUAGAUGAAAAUGGAAACCAACUUACCUUGGGUGACGUUCUACACCAAAUACUUCCCGACCUGUUUCCAUCACCGGUAGCAGGUGAGAACAAUUCCACAGCCGCGCCGGUAAUUCAUGGUGUGAUUCCACAAUUAGAAAUGCCUAUUGUAUGGGCGUCACAGAAUCUUUGUUAUCCUGAUAAUUUCUUACAUAUUGUGGUUUUGAUGGGUAUAUGA